AUGGCCAAGUGUUGGGUAUUAUUAAAAUUAUUAGAUGAAAGCAGUGGUACACUAAAAAAAAAAGUCACACAAAAAUAAAUCUACCCAGGGCCUUUCAAAUCUUAACGCCGAGCCUGGAUCCAUGAAGACCCGAUGAGAACUGAUUAUUUAACAAUAUUUCCUUGAAUAAAUUAAUUGGUGUGAUAAAGCCAGUUUCUAUAGAGUUUUCAGCAAUUAUAUUAUUAUAGAUAAAUAAACAAAGAAAAAUGUUUAAUUAAAAAUAAUGUAUAAAUAAUUUAUAUGUACAUCAAUGUCUAAUGAACGUUUAAAAUGAAAAGAUAUUUCAUUCUAUCGUGGAUUUUAUACCACGUUACUCUUCCAACAUGUUUAUUUAUAAGUAAGUACCUAUAUAUUUAUAUAAAUCGUGAUAUCUAUUUAAAAUAGCAAAACAAAUCAAUAUUAAUAUAUUACAUUAUAAACUAACAGGUAUUUAAUCAAAUUAUUUUAGUACCUAUUAAUUACCUAUUCUACAUACCUAUAAAUUAUAUCGAAUCCUGUGGCGUUUAAGGGGUGAAUCUGGGAAUAGAUCCCCUUCUUUCUACCUCGUAUUUUUUUAAAGAAUAUAUUAUUGAACUCGGUGUAUCCGAAUUAUGUACAAAGUUUUUCUGUAAUAGAACUAUUUUUUACGUAUUGUAUACCUUAUAAAAAUUGCCGUUCAAAUUUUGUGAAAAUAGUAAAAAUCUAUUCAAAUUUAAAAUAAAAGAUGUCCUAGGUAAAUGAAAAUGGGUGCAGCCACUGUUACAGAUAAUGUAUAUCUAUAAGCAACGAUAAACCAUUGCUAACAAAAAAACGAUUCUGAGCAGAGUUCAGUUGAUAAUGAUGUGUUGUUAACAAUGUAUAAUAUAUCAUAUUAUGGUAAAAUAAUUACAUAUGCAUUAUAAUAUAACUAUUAUAUAUUCUUUAAUAAUAUUUACUUAAUGUACGGACUUUCCCGGUUUUUCACAUUUUCGGGAAAACUCUUGAGAAUAUCAAAAAAUUACCUCCCUAAAGUACCUUCCCAGUAAGAUUUCCAUUCAGAAGUUAUUCACAAGAAAAAAGAAGGCCGUAAAAAUUUUAGAAAUAUAUUUCGAACAUUAUCCCGUUUUUUUUUUCGGUUUUUAGCAGGGUGAACAAUACAUUUAUUUUAGACACCGUGGAUUCCAAUUACCUAUUAAAUUUAAUAUUGCUUUUGUUCAUUUGAGGGAAAUUAAGUUUAAAUUUAUUAUUUUCUAAAAUGCAUUAUGCAAUGGUUUGUUUAUUUUACUAUUCAUAAAUCUUGUUUAAAAAUUGAACAAGAAUAAAUAUAGUAGUGAUUUAUUAUAAAUCUAAAAAUUUGGAUUCUGGACCUCAAAUUCCGAAAAUGGUCUAGUUGAUACUUUAAAGAAGUCAUUUUUUGAUUUUGCAAGCAGGUUUUCAUAUUAUUGGGUAAAAAUGUAGUAACCAACGGAUAAAUAUUUAUAGAGUAACGAUUUCAUGAUUUUACAUUAUCGUAACUAAUGUUAAAUAAUUGUAGAGACCUGUAGUUUUCAUAAAAUACUUAUGUUGGCCUUUUGUAGACGUGGUAAAAUUUUCAGAACAUUCUAGUUAUUUUUAGGCUAUAGGUUAUUUGAUAUUUUUUUGUUUUUAUAAGUAUUUUUGUUUGUUGGGUAUCUGUAUUUGGUGGGUACCUAUAUCUAUACUAUUAAUACAUAUUUUGUGUUCAACAGGCGUAUAUUUCAGACAAAAUGUGUUAUCGAUGAUCCAUUUAAUUUUGAUCAUUUGUUUUCCGGUGUUUCAUGCAAAAUCACAUAAAUUAAAUGGUAUGUAUUUAUACUUAGGUAAGCGUUUUCAAAACUUGAUAAUUGUUUCAUGUUUUCACGGUUAGUAAAAUAAAUUACGAUAUUUGAAUGUGCCUAACAGGGGUUACGUGUACAAUAAACACGUAACCUGUACACUAUACAUAGUUAUAUAUAUAUAUAUAUAACCCAAAUACCACUGACUCACUGAUCACUGUGUCUCAAAAACUACUCAACGUACGAAAUUGAAAUUUGAAAUAGUGGUUCUUCUAAUACUUUCACCUUGCCAUAAGAAAUGACUUUUGAAAAUUUAACCCCUAAGGGGGUAAAAUAUGAGUUUUUAGGUAUAUUUGGUAUGAAUAUCUAGUUGCUUAUUUAUUUAUUUUUGUAUAUUCGAAGGUUACCUUGGUGUUAUGGAAGAUAGAACUAUUAUUAAUAUUAUUAUUAUUAUUACUAUUAUUUGCACUGUUAAAAUUUCGCAAUAGAACACAUUAAGUCCACCUAGGUGGACUACCCACUUUCCACCUAUUUGUUUUCAUUCAAUUCUAACACGGUCAAAACCAAACCACAACCGGUUUUUAUACUUUCAGGUCAUAAUGAAAUAUUAUUUUCUUUAUUUAUUAUUACAGUAUUUAUUAUAAUGUACAUUUAGUAUUUACUAUAUAGUUACUAGUAUUUAUAAACUAACUUUAUUAAAACUACUAUCAAAUAUAGUUGGGUAGAGUUUACAUUUUAAUUUUACAUGUAAACAUUUUAACCUUUUCGGGGGUGGUGGAAUUUACACAAAAAAAAGUUUGAAAAAAAACUUAAUACAAUUGCUCGUUGAUAUUUUAAUAGAAAUAUCAACUAAUGAUUUUUUUUUUUUAACAUAAUUCUACAUCGGUAAUAUUGUAAUGAUGAUGUUUUAUGGUUAGGUACGUCUUGGAAAACACGACCGUGCAUACGUUUCGUCAAAAUAAUGUUCGUUGUGAUUUGUCUAAUAUGGAUUUCGAAAAUGAUUUACCUUAUUAUAACUUUAUCGUUUUUAUUUUUGAUGCCUCUAUACCGACAAAAGAUGAUGGUUCACUCGUGUAAGUAAAUUAACACAGCUCAAAUAUCAAAUCGAGUCGCAGAUAUCGAAUUCGGGUUCGAAUAGUAUAACAAAUAUUUUCGAAUUUUUUGAUGAGUGAGUCUGAUGAGUACCUUUGGUCGAUUAUCUUUAACUUUAUAUAGGAGAUACUGCAAGGAUCAGGUUGAUUGAGUUACUUCUGGAUAUAUGAAAAUAUUAUAUUAUCUAUCAUCAUGAAUAACUUGGUAGUCUGUUUCCAUAAAAGCUUUAUUUUCCCACCGUAUGUUUUACUCAGUUCUGCGACCCUUUGAACGCUUUGUUUCUAAUAAUAUACCUAGUGUCUUAUCUCCGGACUCGAUUCAACGCCUGAAAUUAUUUAGUCUGGAACUCGAUUCGAUAUUAUAGCUCUAACUACUAACCCUGAGCAAUAUUUUGACCAAUCCGGAUUCUGGAUUACAAUUACACAAUCCGAAUUCUCGGAUCCAAUCCAUCAAUUCGGAUUUCAAAUCAAUCCAUUAAUUUGUUUAAAAUGGGUUAGGUACUAAAAAAGUAGAAAUCAGAUAGUAGAAACUAUUAAACGCUACAACUCGGGACAGUUAAACGAUCAACAGAUAUUACAUUAAUUGAUUUAUAUUGUAAUAAUCCAGAUUGAUAUCAAUAUUUCGGAUUGAUAACCAUAAUCCGGCUUAAACGUUUGGUUCAAUCCGGAUCGGCGGUCCGAAUUUGGUGCUCAGCAGUUAGCUGAGCACCCACCUAUAUGUAAUUUUUUUAUUAUUUUUGUUCGAUUUUUACUAAAUUCAGGUGACGAUGUUGGACUAACGUUUAAGGCAUUUGGGUUCGUUUAUGACGCAUUUGACAUAACAUUGGACACUAUGUUAAUGAUUGUAUUCGCAUUGGCGCUCCGUUAUCUACGUAAAUACGACAUGACCUACAUUAUCAGAGUAGAUUAUGACGAUUCUUCGUCACUGCAUCCGAACUUAAACGUAUCAAACCAUUAUUUAUUAUUCACUUGGAAAUACUUGUGUCUGGCCAUUUUAUGUUUGAACGGUAUUAUUGUGCCUUCGUAUGCCUGUUGCGUUUAUUACGUAUUGUUUUUAGCGAUCAUGACCAUAAUCGCCCUGUUUCCGCUAAAGGAAAACACGAUCGUGUAUCUAUUUCGAACGAUAUGUUAUUACACGUGUCUCCAUAUACUCGUGUUAUUCGCGUAUCAAUUAAGAUCGAUAUUACACAUCGACAUUGACACGCAUUUAGCGAAGUGAUUAUAAUACAUACAUACCUUAUAUUACUAUUAUUUAUUGUGGAUAAUAUUAAAACAAAAAAACAAAUUAACGAUUUUCCAGGCAAAUAGGAUUUAUCAACUACCGUAAUAGUUUAGAGUGCGACCAGGUUGCAAAUACUUUGCCCGUACUACGCGGACAUCAUUAUUUUCUACCAGUUUUGUUAAUUGUCCAAAAACACUUGUUGUGGUUCUAUUCGGAUACAGUGAGCACUAUAAUUCUUACUACCUACUUAUUAUAUUAUACUUUGAGCGUAUAAUUUACACAUAUAGUUAGCCCAAUGGAUAUAUUUAUUAGAUAAUUGUAUUAUUUAAAUAUCAGUGGCGCAACCAAGAUUUUUUGAAGGGGGUGUCAUAUGUAUAAAUAAAAAAAGCCAAGCAACUUCGCACGCGGGUGCAGUAACUGUUAUAGAUGAAAAGUUGGAAAGGUAGUAGAGGGAAAAUUUAAUGUAUAUCUGUUUACAACGAUAAACCAUUUCUAACAAAAAAACGAUUCUGAGCGGAGUUCAGUUGAUAGUGUUGCUUUGUCAACAAUAUAUAUUAUAUAUGUCAUAUUAUAGUAAAAUAAUUACAUAAGGAUUUUCUAUGAUAAUAUUUGUUUAAUAUUGUACCUAUUUUCCCGUUUUUCCUACGGUUUUCCCAUUUAGGAAAACAAUUCAUGAAUACGGUUUAUUAGGAAAAUUUCUGGGAAAAUCAAAAAUUGACUUCUCUUAAGUACCACCCCAGUUAUAUAUCCUACUAGAAAAAGUGGUAUCAUUGUAAAUUGGAUUAAAAUUGCUUGUAGAAAAGUUAUUCAUAGGAAAAAAAAGGCUGUAAUAUUUGUUUAACUAAUAUACCUAUACAUAUAUUUCGUAUAUUUUCCCGUUUUUUCUCCGUUCUUUUAGGUUUUUCACAUUUGUUCAGAAAACUCCUGAGAAAAUCGAAAAAAUCCCUUCUCAGUCUGAUUUCCUUUCACAAAAGGUGCUACACUUAAAAAUUGGAGCAAGAUAUCCGGUAAAAACGUUGUCCACAAAAAAAAAAAUAAACAUCUUUGUAAAACCAUAAGCUUCUUUUCUUCACUCAGAAUCUAAAAAAAAAAAAACACCUUUUUAACACGUUUAUACAACUUAAACACUCAUAUAGGGGGUAUCCAAUCCAAAAUAUCCCCCACCCUUAAUUGUACCGCUGGUGGAUAGUUGGUAUUCUUCCAUCCUAAUUGUUUCUGCAACUUUUUGGUUUUCCUUGUGGAGAGUUCUCCACUUUUUGGUUAUGUUAUCUAUUGGUGGUCCGAAAAAUGUUUCUUUAUACCUAAAUAUUUAUGUUUUAACAAAUUAUUUAGAUUUCAAAAAAGCCAUCACGUUUACACUCUACGGAAAAAUUGUAUUUAAGCAAACACAAAUUAUUAAAUACAAUUUUGAUCGGCAUUAGGACUAUAGGAUUUAGGGCCGCUGUUCUAGUAAGUGUAAAACUAUAUACCGUAUAAUACAUAUGUUUACAUAUAUUUUUAAUUUUGCUUUAAUAUUAUUAUAUUUUUUGUCUUAUAUAUGAAUAUAUUGGUUUUUAAACAUACACAGACUUGGAGCAUCGACUAUCCCGGAUGGCUUACGUUGACAAUGUUACUGUGGACCACAGUUUUUUGGAUGUAUUUAAAUUCUCGACGAAACCUCAUAAUAAUUCUGUUGUUUUCUAUUUGCACGCUUCUCAUCGAAUACAUAUACAUAAUUGUGGGUAUCGAUGUUCUCAAAGAAAUAUUUGGAUCGGAUUUGAAAGUAUGGGCUAUAGAUACAAGAGACUAUUUUCCCACGGCUAUUUGUAUCAAGGUAAGUACUUACCCAAGUUCGGAUUAAAGGGGGGAUGCAGCAUGGCCCUUGAUUCCACGGAUAUAAAGAGCCUAUUGCGAUUUAUGUAUACUGUAUAUUAUAAAAUGUCUGUUAAGACUUAUUGUACAGUACAAACAUUCACGUAUGAGCAGUGAUGCCCGGAAGGGAGUGCCUUCAGGUGGUGGAAAUGCACUAACUGAACAAAUAUUUUAAUAAUAAUUUGGACUAUAAUAAUAGUUUAUAUAUACGAUCUAUUAAAAGAAAUAAUAAAAUAUAAAAAUAUCCCUCCUCUGUUAAUUUAUUUCCGUAAUAAUGACCAAAAUGGUAAAUACAUGAGAAACGGACGCAGAAACAGUCAUGAAUGGACGAAAAUGCCAUGGGUUAGUAGAUUUAUGUAACCUUUGUGGUGUUAACAUAAAAAACAAGAUAAUGUUUAAAUAAUUUGUAUCAUCUUAUAUUGCCAAUAAGUUGUGCAUCUUGAGGAUGUCUAGUCGAGAGGCAAGUGAGAUUCGUGCUGGUAGGCCUGUGGUAUCCAAAUGAUGGCCACUCCUCCCUGGGAUGAUGCUAUUCCUAGGUACGCACUACUGCCGACUCGUGACACUCUGCCGCGUUCCUAUCGCCGGCUUCCGGGCGCGCGUUUAAAAUCCAUAGUUAGCAUUUCACCGUUCAUUCCCCCUCGCCUAUGACUGUACACUUAAUACUAUCCUCACACCUCCAGUGAUCAGUGGGAUAAUAUACGUAUCGUUACACUAAUGAUAUUAUUAUGAAUUACGUUAUCUGUGUAUUAUAUGGGUUGCUACAAUUAUUACGAAACUCUUCUGAAUACAAUUGACACGGAAGUAUAAUGCUUUAAAAUUAUAUUUAAAAUUGUAUUAACUAGAAAAAAACUGCUACGAAAGACUACAGCUCCGAAUUAAUUGACGUCACCGAGUUAUGAUACCUGAGAUCAAAUACCAUUUCUAUUGAUAAUAUUUUCAUCGCUAAAUAUUAUUGAUGGGUAAUCCACCAAUGUAUGUUAUUUAACAGGUUUUUUCAAAUUUAUCUUUUUACUAAUUCUUUUUCAUAAUAUUGUUUCGUAAAACUAUAACCCAUAAUUAUGUUUUUAAAACUAAGUAAAUAAGUUUAGUGACGAACAAAAAUGAUAUUUUUAAAAUGAUUUUUCAAGGUCCAUACUAAUUGCUAAAAAAUGAUUGUGUGUACCUACUACUAAAAACAGAUUUAAGUUAUUCCAGUGACUUAGAUACAAUAAUAUUUUCAAUAACUUCGAUAAAAUACCUAGACAUAAAGUUUGUGUAUCCGUUAGGUAAUUGUCUAACUUUGGGAAAUAAUUCAUAAAUUAUGCAAAUAUAACAGAUUAUCAAUUUGAAGGUAACAAAAUGCAAGGUUUAAAUAUGAAUUUUGAAUUGAGUAAAAUUAUUUCGGAGCAGUUGUUAAGUGGCCCAAUGUAAUAUCGUAAUUAUUUAAAUUUGAAACAAUAUCGUAGUGGUAAAUGUAAAAUUGCUCCGACAGAGUAGUAUAUUACAUACCUAUGUUCGUAGCAGUUAACUUCCAUAGCAACGGUGUCAUCUCAUAUUAUAUUGAGCGUUCCCAGUGGACCUGCGAUGCUAUUGUUUGGUGUUCUAUAUUUAGGCGUGUUUUGACGCUGUAAACUGUUCGCUUUUGUAAACUAGUAAUUUGUUUGUGAGUUGGUUACUGUAAUCUGUUUACUCUUUUUAGUACCUAAACAGUUUAGUAAGUACUUUAGUACCUACUUAUUAGUUAUUUUAACUGUUCUAACUAUUAUUAUUAAUAAGUCUCAUAAGCAUAUAGUUAGUAUAUUUUGUUUUAUUAUACUAAUUCUUGAAGUGUAAAAAUUCUCUACGGUCGUCCCUGCGUAUAAUUACAUACAAUCAUUAUAAAAACGAUUAAUUUUCAAGUUAUCAUCGAGUUCGACCCUGGGGCCCGCCGGACCUUUAAUUUGGGCUUACCUGAACCAAUUAUAAUCGAUGGAAAUAUAAUAUUGCGGUUAUUAAUUACAGUACCGUUUGUAAUAAAAACAACAGUUCGUAUAGGUAUAAAAUGUAAACGAUUUUUGUUCAAACAGACGUUGUAUACAUUGACUUUUUGGAUAGCGAUAGAUCAAUUUUAUAAAUGGCCUAAACAUACAGCAAUAUACGACCACUCGAAAUCGUUGUCGAUGAGUAUGAAAAGCGUUCUACCGUACACGUGGAUUUCGUUACUAAUAUUGACGAUGCUGGCGUACGGAUUUUUCGGAUACAACACAAUCAACUUAAUCCAAAUUGGUUACAUCGCGUUAGCCUUACUGUUCUUGGUUUGGUUUCAAGUAAAUGUGCACGUUAUGUUAUUUUUUAAUAGAUUAUUAAAAAUUAGUUAUAAUAUAAUUAUACGGUGGAGGGAGCAGUGGGUCAUGCCCCAUUGGUCGUAUCAAUGUAUUUACGUAUUUAAUAGUUUAUUUUAUGUAUUUGAAAAAUUCGGUACAGGUUAGUGCCCUUAAUUCUUUUCAAUUUGAAAGUUUUUUUUAAAUCAGUUUUUAUUAAAAUGGCGAUGGCUUAUAGCAAUCAUUGAACCUAACUUAGGUUGUAGGUAUCAGCAGCUGCACAUUCUGUGGUAACAUCAUGUAACUUAUACUAGCAGACGGAGAAUAUUGGGCCGACAGAGUUAGGUAGUAAAUUCGUGGCAAUAAGUGUUUACACUGAUGUCAUUAGAAGACUCUGUAUAUUUAAGUAUGACAAUAAAAUUGAUUACUAUUGUUAAUUUUUGAGUUUUUUUUUUUUUGUGCUUUUUAGCAUCCCCCUCCCCCAAUUUAAAAAUUCUGAAUACACUACUAUUAAACACAGUGUAUUAUUACUAUUAUGUUAAUUUUUGUAUAGAUAUCGUUUCGAAUUUGGAAAACAAUCAUAUAUUUAUAUUGGACCGUUGUGGUAUUGUAUUCUAUAAUCGUAGUAACCGUGCGGUAUGUGUUUCAAUUUUAUGGGAUCGUAGAUAUCAUGACGAAAUAUUUGAAUAUUUUAAACGAAUUGUAAGUACCUACCAAUAUAUUAUAGUGCCUAGUAUGUAAUAAUUGGGAAUGAGUAGUUAUAGGAGGCAAAAUUGGCAAAAUAUCUAAAAAUAAUUCAAAAAUAUUCACUUAUUAACUCAUUUAGUGCAUUUUUUAUGUAUAUUAUAUGAGUUUGAGCAUACAAAUAUAUAUUUUAAUAAAAAUGCACUCUCUGAUAGAUAAUAAUUACAAAUUAAAACUGCAUUGUUAAUUAACUAUUGGAAAAACUUCUGUGAAUCUAAAAAAUUAACUUAAAACUAAAAACGUAAAACAUAAAACUUUCAUACAAUGGUCACCUAAGCCAUUUGAAGGGACCAAAAAUAAUUUAGAAGUGAACCACUAUUUAGAAGUGGCCGUUUUAUAGAGGUGACUAUUAACAUAAAUGCAAUACUUCCAGAUGACCACUACAUACCUAGGGUACAUACAAAAAAACCAAUUCCUAUUUUCCAUUCCAGAUUUCCAUGUAGUUUUAAAACCGUAUCUAUAUUUUUAUUAAAUCGGUGGCUUGAGAUCUGCCUAUCUAUUUAACAUUAAUCCUCGAGAGCACACGUACUGACAUUUUCUUUUUCAUAAUACUCAAACAGCUUGAUUUUUUCUGCUACAGUGAGGUGUUUUCGUUUGAACGCCAUCAUAACCACGCGAAACGUUUUCAUUUUCGUUUUUAAACUGACAUUGGAAACUAAUAAAACAUAAUAAAAUACUAUAUUAUAAUAAUAUAAUAGCUCAUCUAGCUAUUAUAGUAAAAACUAUAAGACAUAAAUAAAAAAAACAAUGCGAUUUUUAUAACUUCUCAUUACUAGUUAAAUAAUUAUCUAUGAUUUAUUAUUAAAGACGAGACGAUAUUGGAUUGGACGAAACGGGCCACGUGAGAAUAUUUAUACCGGCCGCAAUAGCAAUUGCUAUUCAUGUUUAUUUCCAAUAUUUCCAUAAACCUUUCAUCAACACAUUGGAAAUCAAAAAAAGAAUCUAUUAUUUUCCCAAACGCUUUAUUGACGACGCCAUGCCUAAUAGUCAUCAAUCUGAAGUACUUAUACAAAUGUCGUGGUUGUGGAGAAUAUGGGACACGACGGCAUUAUUUUUCCAUAUACAUCUUGACAAAUUAGAAACUGCCUUAAUAGCAAUAUUGAUCACGACCAAAGUGAGUUCGGUUUAAAUUGUUUUUCUUAAUAAUUAAAAUUGUAAAAUGUGCGAAAAAAUCGUUUUUCUCGCGCAUUUCAUUGUUAUAAGUACGUGAACAAUUCUUAAAAAUACUUGAAAAAAAUAUUGUAAUAUACCUACCUAUACCAAAUGUAUGAGUUCUAAACAUAUAUUAUUAUUAUACAUUUUAUGUAGAAUGUAGAUUGUAAGUACCCAAUAUUGUAUAAAUUAUUUUAUUUUAUUUUAGCCUUGUUUAUUGAGCGGAAUACUCCUUCUUAUGUUGUUGUGGUUGUUAUUGGACUACAAGAAAUGUUUAAUGCACAUCAUAGUUUCUUACAUUGUUUUGUGUAUAAUUAUCACAGUCGGAUAUCAGUUUUCAUACUUUACCCACGAACAAUGUAUGAUUCAAUUUCAGGUAGUUAAAAACUAAAUGUAAAUCCGAAUUUUAAAUAUAAAACCUGUCGACCUAGCUACAGAAAUUAAACUGUGUCCUACAGUGUUAUCCGUCGGCUAAUAACUCUGUCAAUAUUCAUUUUUUUUUCAGUCGGGUUUUGCAAGAGGUGGGAAAUAUGUGCACAGAAAUAUAAAAUUCAUAUUUUCAUUCCAUAAUCACUGAAAAAAAAAUAUUUUUAUUUUUUCACUUUUUAAAAUUUUCAAAAAAACUAUUUUGUUAAAUAUAUUAUUUUAAAAAAUUGAAUGUAUCAUGCAUUCAUGUCCGAUUAAUAGUUUCUUAGUUACAGCUAUAAUCGUGGAAAAAAAGGCGUGAAAACAUUUAAUUUUCAAUAAAAUAACACGUUACGCGAUAAGGAAUAACAAUCCGUAUGGUAAUUCCUUAUUUCUAUUUAAAAAAAAUGAUUAUUGACAAUUAUUAGCCGACACAUUGGAAACACCCUGUGUUUCAACGUAUUAUAUAAAGUAGUUAGCAAGAAGAGAUUAAUUGACUGUAAUGUGUUUCUCAACCUAUGGUCGCGAAAUAUUUUUGAUCGGUCAAGAUGUUCCUAAAAUAAUAAAGAAAAUAUCUUGAUUAUAUAUUAUAUUAAAAAUAACAACUCGGUGAAUAUCACUGGUAUUAAAAAAAUAAUAAUUUUACUACAUUUAAAUGAAUUAUCAACUGCAUUAGUUAUUUCCCAAAAGACAUUCGUGAAGAUUUUCAAUGGAUUAAAAAACCUUUCACUCUUUCUAUUGGAGAGUAGAACUUCAAUACCUUUUUUGAAACUUAGAUUAUAAAACUUUCUUGUGAUAAAAUUUAUGAAAAUAAAUUUAAAAUUAACUAUUAUAGAUUUUUGAUGUUCAGUAUAAUACAGAACUUUCAUUUAAUGUGAUAAAAAAACUAUUACUUUUCCUUACCACUUUUUUAUGUGUAAAAGGAUUUUCAACUAUGGCCAAUAUCAGAACAAAAUAAACAAAUAGGUUAGAUGUCACACAUGACAUGCAUGCUAGCUUAUCUGAUAAAAUAUAAAAUAUUAUACAACGACAUCAGAAUUAGCUGUCACACUAAGUCUAAAAUCAACUAUAAAAUUAUUUUAUUAUCAUAUUAUAUCAAUAUUUUAGAUUCUGAAUGUAACGAAGAGUGUAUUAGUUUUAUAAAGAUAUUUAUUUAUUUAUUUUUUCUUAUGCUAACACUAUUUUUCUACCAGAAAGUUUACUCUGAUGUAUACGAUGUAGACUUUUAUGUGAAAGAAAAUUUUUUUAGUGUGGUACUUUAAGGAAAUCAUUUUUUGAAUUCCCCCUUCAAUUUUCUCAAUAAAAAGGAAAUAGUGAGAAAAAACGGGAAAAUAUACGAAAUAUAUUAGUAAAAUACUAUGAUUUUUUGUUCCUGUGAACAACUUAUUCUAAAAGGAAAUCUGACUGGAGAGGCAUUUUCGAAAGGUCAUAUUUCGAUUGUCCCUUAAAAAUAAUCGGAAAUUUUUCAACUUUAUAAUGCUCUAUAACUAAUACAGACAAUCUAUUUUUUCUAAUUCAAAAUCGGCCCACAGGUUUGCCUGGGCUACAGAAAUUUGAUGACCACUCAGCAUUAACAGAUUCGACAUUUUUUACAGGGAGGGGACACAUUAUAAAUUAGGGUAGGUGCUCGUCUUGUACCAUAGUCCACAGUGCCACAAAAUCAAAAUCCCUUAAAUUAUGCUCUGCUUAUCUAAUAAAACCGAUAGAUAGGUCAGUAAUACAUUUGUCCAUUAUAGGCACCUGCCAAUGAAAAUAUUAAACAUAAUAAUAUCCAUACGCAUAAAUUAAACAUUGCGGAAUUAAUCGGUUUGAAAAAAUUCAAUUCAAACGAGCUACUGGUUUACUCCAUAAAAUACGAGUUGUGUAAGUAUACGCAGAAACAAAAUAUUAUCUAUAUGCACCGAUAUCUAUAUUGUACUAUUCUGAAAUCAUUAGAUCUAUCUUAAAAUAUGUGAUUGCUUUUCAUAUGUUGACAGUAAUUGUAUUAGUAAUGGUUUAUAAAAAAACGAUUAUAAUUAAUUUAAGACACAAAUACCAUCCUCGGAAAAUACCAGAUUCUAUAUUUCCAAAUAUUACGUACGCUGAUAUCAAUAAAGGAAUAUCAGAAUUUCUCAUGUACUUGGUAAACGAUGGAUUUUAUCUUUUCGGAGUGGAAGUAAGUUCUUAUAGACCAACUUAUUUAUAUUGACGAAUAUUUAUAAGAUCACACUUUGCAGAUCACUUUCACUAUCAUCGCAAUCGCCAUUUCUUUGUGUAUGGAUUUGUAUGGAUUUAUAUGGGCCGUGUUGCUUUUAGGAUUCUCAAUUCAAAACAAACGUACCGUGUUGAGUUGUUGGCCAUAUUUUAUUUCUUUUGCGUACCUAAUGGUCAUCGCGAAGUAUAUAUUGGAAAUUAUAAUUUCAUCUAAUCUCAAUUAUGGUAUUUUUUGUGUAUAACUAUUCUGUAUUUCUCUUCAGCAGUGGCGUAAUUAGGAAUUUUUAAUAGAGGAAAUCCAGCUAAAUGUUCAAACACAUGUAAGGGGGAGGGAGCUCUGCACACGCCCCAGUUACACACUUGAUUUGAAAUUCUAUUUGUCACAAUGCAUUAAAAAAUAAAUUUUAAUAUUAAUAUUUAUUUAUUUUAGAUUCUGAGUGUAGCGAAGAAUGUAUUGGUUUUACUAAGAUGUUUAUUUUUUUUUUUUUUUAUGCUGUGUACACAAAUUCUACAAGAAAUCUAAAUUAGAAAUGUACGCAUGGCACUAUUUCUAAAAGAGAAUGUUGUCCAGAUGGUACUUUUGGGAAGUAAUUUUUUAAUUUUCUAAGUGGUUUGGAAGCCCGGAUUUUUAGACAGGUAUAAAUGAAGUCAAUGACGGAGGGUCUAUAGAGUCCGAACCCUUCUCUCUGUAAAUACGCCACUGCUCUUCAGUAGCGUGGCCUCUGCCUCAAUCAAAAUUGACGGGUUGAGACUGGGGUGUGGGUGGUCGGAAUCGUACGAUUUUAGAACCAUAAAACAGUGAGUUUUAAUUGAUAAUUAUAAUAAUGACAAUUUAGACACGUUUUGCUCAUAAUAGUGGUAAUGGAGGGUAUAGAUUAUUUCUGAAUCUAACACAUACCCCUCUACAUACACACAAAUGUUAUACAGGCCACUGCUAGUUAUAAUUAUUAUACUUACAUUUUUCGAUCAAAUAUACAUAUUUAUUUAUUUACAGUCAUGUCAUGGAGAAAAAUAAACAUAAUACAAAACACAUCAAUAAUAUUAUACGAUCAGAGCUAUGGCGCUUGGAUCAGGCCGUUAAUGCGUAAAUACUGAAGUUUAAUUGAACAUAGUAAUUAAUGCAAAAAUUAAAUUUUUAAUAGUGGAUAUUUUUCUCUCGCAGAAUUUGAUUUCAUAUUAUUAUUUUUCAUAACUCGUCAACUAACUGGAUUUAAAAAGCUUAGAGUACAAAAUUCACCGUACAAAAGCAAUACAAAAAUUAAUAAUAGUAACAUGCAGUUAUCUGACAACGACGAUGAAUUUCCGGACUACAUAUCGGAGAACAAGUUUGUUGAUAUUUGGGUUAUUGCGCAUGGGUAUAUACAGUGAUGGGCAGGAUAUAAAAUGAGUAUUUAGAUACUCGGUAAAUUGAUUUUCAGUAUCUAUAGUUAGAAGUAGGGGAUGAACAAAAUAAUUAAUAUAAAAUCGAUUAAUCGGUAAUUUGUAACUUAAAAAGUACUCCUAGUUAUAGAUACUUAUAUAACUAGUACGAAUAUUGCAAUGCAACUUAAAAGAUACUCGAUACAAAUACAAUUUAUGUAUUUAAAAUAAUUUAAUUUCUAAAUAAUCGAUACAUUAAAAUUAAAACGUUGAUUACAUUUUUCACUCGCGCAGUAUUUAUUUUAAAAGAAGCGAUGAUUAAAUUUAUUUGAAAUAUUUGUCGAAAAUCAUUUUCAACUUUUAAUGAAUUUUUCGAAAAUCCAGGGCAAGAAGAGUAUCUAUAUAUUCUUUAGGUAUAAGAUAGAUACAUUGAUUCCAGUACCACAAUACAAGAGCGAUACUGGGUACUAAAUACAUUCCAGAACUGUAUCACAAUAUAUACUAGAUACAAAAUAUGAAUCCAUGUCAAUAGAUAGUGUACGAUAUUUUCAACGCUAUUGCUAAUAAUACUUCUUUCGACUAUAUAAGAUAUACAAUAUUAAAUUUUUUUUUUCUUUAUGAAACGAUAAUAUUAAUAGUGAUUGAUUAGUAAAUUGAUUACAAUUAUAAGAUACACUCUUUAUACAAUUAAAAUAACGAUAAUAGGUUUUUCAGAAAUAAACUUUAAAAAAGUAGUCAAUAAUGUAUUGCACAUACCGCAAAAUUCUUUUUUCUGGCCUAUUAUAUUCAUGCUAAUACAUGUAUAUCAUGUAUAUAACAUUUAUAAACCGUAAAUUCAUAAUACUCGUUAUUAAUAGCUCGACAGCCUUCCUGCUUUAGAAUUUGAAUAUAUUGUUGAAAACGUCGUAUACCAUAAAUUGUCGUACUCUAUCAACUGUUGUAUACAAUAAAAUGGUCGCGCGAUAUAUUGUCCAUUGUUGCACAAUUAAUUGACCACUAUCUAUUGACGACAUACCGUAAAAUAAACAACCGUAUAUAGAAGAUAUACACUGUUCAACUCGAGGUGGUAUUAAAACAUAAACGUUUUUUUUUUUUUAAUUUUAGAUCGUAUUUGGAUGUUAUUAAAUAUUUCGUAUUCGAUAAUUCAUCGUGGAUGAUUUUAUUUUUUAUAUUUUGGAACAGUAUAAAUCACGUUAAUGCAUUUUCGAUCGGCUAUUUAUUUACCGGAACAAUGUUUUUUUGGAUAGGUACAUACUACCAUCUAGUACCAUUGGACAAGAUAAUUAAACUGUGAGUAUUUAAGUGUUAUCCAAAAUGUUUACAAUCCGGUCAAUUUGCUCUGCAUGGUAAACGUAUAUUCAAAUUAAAAUUGAAAAUACAAUUAGGUAUACAAUAAUUAUUCCUUUCGAGUAAAAUUGUUUCUUACUAAUUUUCAGCUGGCGGUGGUUAUUGUAUUAUAACGUUUCGGUGAUAUUGGUCAAGGUGUUUUUUCAUUUAUUUGGAUGCCUGCUUUUAAAUUAUUUCCAAUGGUAUUCGUGUAUACUGAUGCGUAUUCUUUCUACAUUUUGUUUGAAUACAAAUGUCGACGAACUUCAGAGUAAAUAUAAUAAGUACUUAUCUAACUUAUUUGUUUAGAAUUAUAAUAUGUUCCAUCCCUAACUAUUAUUGACUGUAUCAAGUUAGAAACAUGUGGCACGUUAAGAAAUGACAUUGGGUUAUUUUGGGACGUUGUUACUUUCAUGUUGUUAUUGUUUCAAAAGCGGUUUUUUAAAAGCGGACACUUUCUGCGAUUAAUCGAAGAUGAAAAAGCUACAGUGGUAUUGGUUAGAAAACUAGCCAAUUUAUUCAACGGGUGGGAACACAGAAUAAACGACGAAGCACGUAAAACGGACUUAAAUUCGUUAGAAAAAAUCAAAGUAAAAUUAAACGAAAUCCGAAAGUUUCGAAAAGGACAACCAAUAAAACAAUUGACCCAUAAUCAAGGUGUUAAACAAAAUAUUUAUAAGAUAUAUAUAUAUAUAUAUAUACAUAUAUUAUAAGAAGUCAAAAAGUACGAUAAUUGGUUUUAGCUUGUGAAGGUAGUGUUCGUAUGUUUGACAAAAUAUACGACGACGUGUAUUUGGUUAAAAAUCAUGAUAAAAUCAACAAUUUACCAAUACCCGAAAACUUGAAAAACGAUUUGUGGAUAUAUCGACAUUUUGUCGGGUUUAUACUUUACUUGACGAAACUAAUGAACCGAUAUUCUUACGAACAUAGAAGAAUGAUGCACACAUUAAACACAGAAAAAAAAUUAUUGAAGGUAGGUUAAGUUAAUAUUUUAACAAUUUACUAGUGGACUAGUAAAAAUAAAAAUUUAGUACAUAUAAAUACGAUGUUUUAUAAUAAAUUGAUGUAAUGGCUAUAUUUUGGUAGGAGAAAAAGUCAGAAUUGGCUCAAAUGGGUUAUCACAAGGGUUCUUUUAUGAUAUGGACUCCGGUGAAUAAUAAUAUACAGUUAAUUAAGUAAGUCUGAUAUCAAUUAAUUCUGCUGUAUAAUAUAUUAAUAAACGUGUAUAGAAAUAUAGUUAACUAUUGUUUACGUCAUUCUGUAAGAAUUUAUUACUUUUUAAGGUUUUUUUUGCUAAAACUAAGCUUUUCCAUCUCUUUCUAUCGCAAUACAAGUUACAUUCUGCUUCAAUCCACCUCUCUGGGCUCUGGUCUAAGUAAGCUCCAUCACAACCCCGGCGUGGUCUUCCUCUUAGUCUCGUUCUCUCAAAAUCUUCGCUCGAUUCUCUUCAGGAUAGUUUAUUGUCAACUCGUCAUACCUACCCAGCCCAUUCUAGUCAUACAUUCUGGAUCACAAUUAUUGCCUUUUAUACAGAUCAUCAAUCUGGGAGUUCAAUCUUAAUUUUAAAACAGUGUGUCUCCUGAAUUACAAAUGUGUGCACUAAGUUUUAUAACGUGUAUAUUAAUUUUAAUUGUAGAAAUAACAGUAGAACUGAUAACGAACAAUCAAAUAAUGACCACACUCUAACUAAUAUAUAUUAUAAAUUUUAAAUUUUUUUAUAUGUUAAAUAUUUUAGACUUAUUUAUAUUUAUUUUAUGUUGAUCAUUUUUAUUCCACGCUUUUUAUAAAUGUGUAAGGUAAGUAGUGUAUAAAGAGUUACUCCUCUCUCAGGUAGGUAUUUAAUUUUUAUUCGACUAUGGAAAUCUAUCAAUUCUAUCAAUUGAAUUAAAAUAUGUGUCCCAUGAAAUUGGAUAUAUUUAGGCCCUGAUAUUACAUUAUAUACCUUUUUCACUUUUUCAGCUAAAUAACAUAACAGGUGAUCCAUUUAAGUGGGUACACUCAUUAUCUCGGAAGAAUUUUUUGUAAUUUGUUUUUUAGAACACUUAAGAAACAAGUAGCUCUAUAAUUUCAUAUUUAUGUUAUUUUUUGUCACCUUUAUUUUUGGUGGUAAAAUCACUAGCUACUUUUGAAAUGGCAACCUAUAUUUAAAAAGUCAAUGAAGUAUUAGUUGAAAUAAAUUUUACUGUUGAAAUUUUUGAUUUCUAUCAAGCCGUUAACGAGAUAUUCCACUUUUAAGUUUAGGUUGGAACUUGGAGGAGAGUAAUGGAGUAUCAUUUGUGUAGCGGUAUGGCAUGCGGUAUGUUAAUAAUGCACCUCUAAUCUUCUCCAACUUAAAAUUAAAAGUGAAAUAUCUCGUCAACGAAUUGACAGAAAUCAAAAAUUUCAAUACUAAAAUUUAUUUUAACUAAUACUCCAUUUAUUUAUUGAAUUUUUAAUAUAGUUUGCUAUUUGAAAAUCAAAAGUAGAUAGUGUUUUUACCCCCAAAAAUAAGGGUGACAAAAAUUAACACAAAUAUAAAGUUGUGAAGUAGCCUGUUUUUUUAAUUUUCUAGAAAACAAAUUCCGGAAAAAGUUAAUUCUUUCCGACAUAAUGAAUGUACCCACUUAAAUGGAUCACCUGGUAUAUAAGUAGGUAUAGAUGAAGAUUUAAAAUUUUAAAUAUUAGGUAAGUAUAAUUUAAACUUAGUUUAUUAAACAAAUUAAGUUAACAUUUAGUUGUAAAACACAAAUAUAUUUUAUUUUAAUUACAUAAUAGGUAUACUGUAUACAUUAUAGCUGGGGUUAAGAAAAAAAAGCAAUUAAAAAAAAGCAAUUGAAAAAAAAAUGCAAGUGGUAAAAAGGCAAUAUAUUUAUUUUACAUAUCAUAAUAUAAGAGUGAUACUAUUGGUUAGUAUUACAUAUUAUUUAGUUCUAUAUAAUAGUUGUCUACAACAUAUUUUAAUACCAUUGACUAUAUUAUACAGUUAUAUUCAAUGAUAAUAUUUUAAACGUUUUCAUAAAAAUAAUUAUUGGAGCAAGCAUAGAAAUCUACAAUCUAUAAUCGAAUGUAACAAAAAUGACUACUAUAAUUGUAAUGCAACAUAUAUAAAACAGUACAAAAUAUAUAAAACUAAACCUAUGGCUACAGCAUAUAGUGGAAUUAUUUAUUUUUAAAAAUCAAAAACUGCAUUAUAUGAUUAUAGGUAUAUUAUAUAAGAAGUCAUAAGAAAUAAUAGUACAUUGCAUCAUAAUUAGGUACAAUAAUAUAAUUUUCGUACUAAAUUCAAAAAAAAAAUUCCGAUAAUUUUUGGAAAAAAGUAUACAAUAUUAUCAUUGAAUAUCAAUGGUAUUAAAAUACAGUGUAAGUACCUAUUAUAUAGUUCUAUAUAAUAUGUAAUACUAACCAAUAAUAUUACUUUUUAUAUUAUAAUAUGUAAAAUAAAUGUAUUGCUUUUUUUCCGUUGCUUUUGUUUCAAUUGCUUUUUUUUCCUAAACUUACUAUAUCUAGUACUUAAAUUUUGUUUUAUGUAACUAAGUAGGUAGUCUAUGUAACUACACUUAUUUUUGUUAGAACUAUUAGUUUGUAACAUAUUAUCUAGUUUAUUUACCUAUGUAUAUAAACUAUUAGUUUAACCAAUUGAAAAGGAGUAGGUGAGUAGGUAGACAUUUUGGAGUCUGAAGAUGGAUAUUUGUCCCUUAAAAAACAAAAACAAAAAUAUAGUUAAUUGGUUUGUAUUUACUUAUUAUGAAUACACUUACAUUAUAUGUACUAUGUAUAGUGUUGAAUUUGAUGAAGACGAGUAUAAACACAGACACUGGUUAAUACAAUUUGUUAUGGCGUUGUUCUACAUAAUGCAUUCGUCUACACAUUUGUUCUGUUACUUUGCCAUAUUUUAUAACGCAAUUCAUAACUCGUACGAUUUAGUUUCAAUCAUACCUGUGCUAAUGAUUAUCUUUUGGGGGCAGUUGUCGGUACCAAGACCGACGAAAACAUUUUGGAUAGUGUUAUUCAUGUACAUGCAAGUAAAUCGCGAUCGACAAUAUAUACCUAUAUAAUUUAAAUUCGGAUUAAAUUAUUAUGUACCUGCCUGCUUGUUCUACCAGGUCACUGGUUUGGUGAAGUACAUAUGUUCGUUUGAAGAAAUUCCGUGGAUAGACGAAGAAAUGAAAUUAAACCAUUUAAGUUCAACAGAUUUUCAUUCGUAUCCUACAAUACAAAUAGGAAUCGGGAACUAUAAAAAAAAAAUACUACCAGACCUGUUGGUUUUGAUUAUUUUAUUUAUACACAGGUUAGGUAACUAUUAUAUUUUUAUGUUAUUUUUACUAUGCGAUAAUAUUUACGAAUUGAAAUUCACAGGCGGACUUUAAUGCGAUCGGGUCAUUGGACAUAUCAUAACGAUCAUAAGAAUAAAUGGAAAAAAAUAUCGCUAAACAUUGUGAAACGUAUUACAUCGUUGAGAUUAAUAAUUCUCAAGUAAGUAAUCAAUAAUGAAAAAAAAAAAAACAUUAAUGAAAAUAAAAUGUAAUCUCAUAUAUUAUAUACCUAUUAUACAUAUUAUGUUAUAUAUAUUUAUUUUACAUAAUAUUAUUAAUCAACUUUAUAGUAUUCAAACUCAUCUAACACCCAUGAUUCAAUUUUAUAAAGACCUCCGACGAUAUCACGCCAAAGGAACUGUGAACAUGUACCCCAUUAUGUUCAUAUUGAUAGCUAUUCAAAUACCAUACAGUUUAAUUCAUUUACGUGUAAGUAAACGUAACUAUUUUUCGUCAAAUUUCCCCCGAAAAUAGAGACUAUUACAUUGUAUUAUAUUUUGAAAUAUAUAUGUAUAUAUAAGUUUGUAAUAAUUAUAUAUAACAUUUUCCCACUACUUUUGGACACUUCUAGUGACUCCUUCAUGAUUAAUUACGUUUUAUUAAAGUGAUAAAAUUUUGAUUAAAUCUCAAUAUGAGACGUUUCAUGAUGUUUUAGGAGGGGCGUGUUUUUUUAUCUCUAAACACCACUAUAGACCUCCUUAAAUGAAGAUUGGGAGAUACUAUUUGGCAUAAGAAUUGAAAUAAUAUCGAGGUAUAAGUGUCUUUUGGGAUUUUCAACUUUAAACCCCUGCCAUUUUUAUGUUAAAAUGUCACAUUUUUUUGAAAGUUGUAUAGUUAAGUUAUAAAAUGUAUUAAAUAGUUAAAUAAAAAGUGUUAGAUUAUAUUUAUUAUAGUACGCUAUUAGUAUAUUAUUAGUAUAUAAAGAAUAUUUCUAUAAUACAAAAUAUAUGGGGAAAAACUCGACUUUAGUAUACGUAUUACGGAUACGUAAUUUAAAAUUAAAAUUUAUCUAACUGCUGAUUGGAUACAUCGUGUCCUCAUCCAAUCAAAUAAAUUUAAAAAUUAACAAAUUUUCGGUAAACUCAGUUUUAAUUUUUAUUAUUUUUUACAAGUUCCGAUUGGUUAAAUAUAUAUGAUAAUACAAACUCAAUAAAAUAAGUUAUUUACUUAACUUAACACAAUCGAUUUUUGCAUAUAGUAUCUCGGUGUGAGGCUGUAAUUAUUACUCUAACCUUAUAAAUAUUUUAUCUACAACUAUCAAUUUGUUAGGUACUUUAUUCAAAUUAUUCUACAAAAACCUCAAUGGUAUUUAACUAAUUAAAUUAAUUCUGAGGUUAAAGUUUGAAUUUUAAUUUAAAUUUAUGAAGACAGAGUUUAUUUUACACGUUUAAAGUUAAUAUAGAUAAGAAAAUUUCACCCUUCACAUAGUUAUAGUAUAAGAAUAAAGAAUAAUUGUAAUUUAAUAAAAUAAUUAAUAAAAUUUAAUCAUACUAAUUUUGGAAUUUAAAGCCCGAAAAUUACAGGUAGGUACCUAUUUUUCUAUUAGUGUAUGUAAAUAUAAUACUUAUUUAGUUAAUUUUGAUAAUUUCAACAAUUACAGUGAAUUUUGUUUAUUAUGAUCACAUCAUUGGUUAAGAUCAUUUUGAUUAUAUUAACCAUUUGAUUCCUUAAAACAUUUUUUUUUUUUUAAAUGAUAUUAUAUUUAUACAUACCAUAUACUUAAAAUAAAAUAAAAAAGACGUCCUAGAAUAAUGUAGACGGGUGCAGCCACUGUUAUAGUUAAUUUGAUGUAUACCUGUAAGUAAUAAUAAACUAUUGCCUAUGAAAAAACGAUUCUGAACGCAGUUCAGUUGAUAGUGAUGCUUUGUCAACAUUAUAUAUAUUUUUUAUAGUAAAAUAAUUAAAUAGGCUUUAUAUAUUUUCUUUAAUAAUAUUUGUUUAAUGUUGUACCGUUUUUCCCAUUUACUAGGAAAACUCUUAGGAAAAUCAAAAAACGACCUUUAAUGUGACUUCUAUUUGCAAACAUUUUUUUAACUUAUCAAAACAAACAAGUAAAUCUCUUGUUUUCUUUAAAUGAUAAAUCUUUCCAGUGUCGCAUUAAGCUAAACUACUGCCCAUGGGCAAAAUACAUUUUGGCAUACACAUUACCUACUAACAUAGGAUUUAUUUUGGGAUUUUAAAUUUUGAUUUCAAUAAACAGUUGAUAUUUUCUCCUCUCUGUUUAUAGGUUUUUAUCUUUUUUUUUAUAUAUUACUGUAUUCUACACAUUUUUUCUUGUCUUUAAUUUGGUUUUUAUUUGUAUACAACCAUUAUUAUUGUAGGUAUUCUGAUGUUAUAUUUGUUUUUAUAUAUUUCAUCCACUUUUAUGAACUCUCCUCAUCAAGCAUUGCAUAACUUUCAAACAUAUGUUGAGCUUGCAGCUGAUUGUGAUAUUUCAUUAUUUUGUUGUAAUAGGUAAUAAUAAUAUUUAUUUAUUGUUGGAGAGACAAGACAUAAAUAUAAUAGCUUAAUAGGAAUAGGUAGGUACCUAAUAAGAAGUUUAUAAUAGGCAGGUAAGUAGAUACUAACUUCAAAAACAUUGAAAAUAAUUACUGAAAUAAAAAAAAAAUAAUGUGUUCACCAAAAAUCGGAUCGAUAAUAAUAAUUAUUAUUAAAACUUUGGAUUACAGAAUGCCGAAGAAUUAGUCGAAUCGAAUCGAAUUUCCUUGGCGUUUGUACAAACAUUUUUAACUUGUAUAAUCACAAUAGUAAUAGACCGUUGGCUCUCAGCCAGGCGUUUUAUACUGGGAAAAUUAAUUUUUCACUUGAUAUUUCUAAUCGGAUUUAUCAGACUAAUGACCGAGUAAGUAUACCUAUGAGUAUUUCUGUAGACAUUAUUGUAUACCUCUUGGCUCUUACUAUACCCAGGCGUGGACUGGUAAAAAAGGGCAUGGGAUGCUACAUAAUAUUAGGGCAAAUUAUAAUAAUAAAACAAAUAUUUUAAAAAGUUGACAUACUUCGAACCAAUGGUAAGCUACUGUUAUAAGUUGGUAAUAUAAGAUUACAUAUUAUAGGAUAAUUCAAUUCAUAUCUGUGCGUUAAAGCAAGAGCUGUCCAAUAUGUUUCGAUAAAUUUAAAUUUAAAUUUGUAUAUUAUUUUGCGACACAAAAAAAAUACAAUUGUAUUUUUAAUAAAUUUUAACAUGAAAUGUUGAUUAAAUUAAAUCGCGAAAUGUAUUGUCAUCCACAUAAAAAGAAAAACUGAAAAAUUUCAAAAAGUGCCGGUAGGUAUAUUUUGAAAAUAACAGCGCGUAGGUAAUAUAUUUUAAUAUAUACAUAAUGCAAAACAUCAACUAUGGUGAUAGGUAGAUAAUAUCAAUAUAUUAUAUUAAACUGUUGUAAACAAAUUAUUUAUUAUCCAUUUACUUAUUAAGACAUCUAUUAUGCUAUUAGAGAAUUAUAACUUUAUUAUAAAAAAUUCAUAAGAAUUUGAAGUUAUUUUUAAUUCGGGAAAAUCAAUGUAACAUCCCAACACUCCAACCAGUUCGCACCUGACUAUACUUACCUAAUAUAAAAUUUCGUUGGAUUUUUUUUGUGAAAAUAGUAAAAAUAAAGCUAUUAUCAACAAUGUGUUGUCGUUCAAUAUCUACGCGUACAUUGUAGUUUCGGCGUAUCAACUGAGAAACGGAUAUUCUUACCGGUACAGUACUUCGUUUAUUUGGUCACGAUAUGAAAUUUACAAUUUAGUGGUACAUAAAGCGUGAGUUAUAUUCUUAUUUAAUAUUGCUGUAAAUGAAUACAAAAUUAUCGACGUUGAUGUAAUUCAAAAUUUAGAUUUUAUUAUUGUCCGUUCCUGCACGAAAUUUGCACCGUGCUGGAUUGGAUGUGGUCAGAUUCUUCUCUGACGAUCAUGCAAUGGUUUAAAAUGGAAGAACUGUUUACGCACGUUUGCUGUGUGAAGGUGAUCAAUAUGUUAAUAAAUUUUCAAUACGGACAGUUUUAGGAAUUUUAAUGAAAUUAUCGUCUUAAGAAAACGCGAAUUUUCCGAAAAAUUAUUUGUAGAAAUCAUUUCGCUCGAACAAAAACAGCCAACAAUUGAUAUUUAAUCUUAAUAAUAUUAAGGUUUUAAAAAACCGAAUUUUCACCAUAAAAAUAAGAGCUUGUACUCUGUGCUACCUACUGUGUAAUGCCUAUUAUAUGUGGAUAUUUUUGAUAAAUACAAAUAAAUAGUAAAUUAUUAUUGUUUAAAAUUUGUAUGGUUUUAAAAUCGAAUAAGUUUCAAAUAAGUAUAAGUAGGUAUAGUAUAGGCAUCGAAAAAAUUCGUAAAAACAUUAAAACAACAUUGCACACAUUGGAAGUUCUCUUCUUUUUUAGGUGAACAUCUAAUCGUUUUAUUAAAUUAUCUGAGUUAGGUUUUUGUUCGAAUAGUCGAGUUAGAUAUAGUCUUGUCGAAAACACUGGUUGAUAAUUAUAUUUUGUUUAAACAAUUUAAUCUUAAUCCUAAUAUCCUAAUAUACCUGUACUUAUUUUUAUCUCAUUUUUCAAGUUAAAAAUAAUCUAACCAAGGUAUACAUAUUUUUAUUUAUAUAUUAAACGUAUAUAUUUAGUGCAUUUGCAAUGUGCGCGAUAAACUCGACGAUGCACGAGGAAUGAACAGAUCACGAAAAAUGAAACUAUUGAUAGGAGGUGGAAUUUUAACAGCGUUUUUAUCAAUCAUAAUAUUUCCAAUUGCGUGGUUUUCCAUGUUCAAAAGUAUGCCGGAUACUCCAUCAUCUGUAGAAUUGACCAUUAGAAUAUUCGAGGAAUCUGUAUCUUCAAUUAUAUUUAGCACCAAGUCUGACGAUAUACAUAAGUACCUACUCUUCUAAAUUAAAUUAAAUUAUUUUCAUACUAUUAUAAUGUUAUUAUUUUUUGAAAGAGUGAAAACUCUUGAUUGAUAACUUCAAAUUAACAAUGAAAAUAUGUAAUCGGUAUAAAUACACAAUUAACAAUAUUUUUAAACAAAGUGUUUUAUUUUCUCCCCGUUUUGUAGACUAGACAGUACAGAUUAUUCUGUAAUGAAAGAAGUUUACAUGAGCACAUUAAGCAAUAACUGGUUGUCCAGCAUGGAAUUUUUACAACAAUACGAAUUUGACGAAAUAAGCUCAAUAAACCUGAUACCCCAAUCCAUAAAUACCUGGCCAAUUACAUUUUACGAAUUCACUAAAUUGAAUAAGAUGGUUUCAACAAGAAGUAUGAAUUUAUCUUUCUAAUCUACUAUUGUUCAAUACCUCGGUAUCAUGGCCAGCUAUUUUGUUAAUUUAAUAUCGAAUAUACAGUGUCCCACCAUGUUAUAAGGAUUUUUCUAAAGCUUUUAAUAUUCAGUUUUAUCUGCUUUUCAAAGAUAUAAUUCGAAAUAUUAUAUCAUAUAAAUAGUUUAACGAUAAAUAGUUUUUUAGUAACAGCCGUUUUUAAUUUUCAACACAAUAAAUCAAGUUAUUGAUUUUUUAGCUAUUGUGUUAGGUGGUAGUAUCGUUGUUUAUACUUCCCUCUAGAAAUUAAAAUGACUUACUAAAACCUUAUUUAUUAGAUAUAAAUGUAUGAUUCAUUAAAUAAGUAAACAAGUUACUUAAUACUUUUUUAGAAAUUAGGGGAUGAAAUAAAAAUUUAAUAUUUUCCUUAGAAGAGGUCCUCCUCAAAGAAAACCAAAAAAAUAUUAAAGAAAAUUUAAUAUAAACAAAUCUAGAAAAAUCUGUUGAACAUGGUAUAACACUAUUUUAGUAGAAAUAUAUUAUAUAUAGUAUAAUUUUAUUACACUAUAGCUCAUAAUGUAAUGUUGUAAUAAUAUUAAUAUAUGAGAACAUUAGUUUUAUAUAAUAGUAUUCAUUGGACAACAAUUUGUACAUAUUUUAUUGUUAACUGCAGAUUCCAGUAUUAAAGCAUCAGCAGAAUGGAUAUUGACACAUCAUAAUGGUAUGAAAAUUAGUCGUGGCAUUAACAUUGUAGUACUUAAUAAGACAACUAUUAAUAUGCUGAUCAAGUAUGACCAAAAACUUAUUAUACCAAAUCUAGUACCAAAAUUUUUGAUUUUACACUGGAAAUCUACUGAAACAGAAAUAGCAUCAGGAUUAAUGAUCCAUAAUCCAUGUAAGUUUAUAUUACAAUCAUAACCUAAACAAUUUUCAAUAAAAAAAAUAAAUACAAAUAUUAAUAAAUCAACCACAUUCACUUAAAAUAAAAAUUAUACUAUUUUAGCUCUGCCAUACAUGGAUGUUGGUAUAACAUUUUAUGAAAAUCCAAAUAGAUGUGAUUAUUUGUCCGAAAUGGUAGAGAUAUGUCCCUCCAACAAUGAUACCAUUUAUUUGAAAAAGAUACCUUAUUCAUCGUGUGCUGAUGAAGACACCAUGUUGGACACAAAUAACACAAAUAUGUUAUACAAUAUAUAUGUCUUUAGCGAUAGAUAUUCUAACAAAUUCCAUUUUUUGGAUGAUAAAGGGUAAUAUAUGAGUACCAAUUUUUCAAAUUUAUCUUAUACAGGGUGAUUUUUUAUUAUGAACCAGCAAUUAUCUCAGAGGAUUUUAAGUGAAUUUCAUUUCUGUUUUUUCUAAUCAUUAUGAAAUCAUUUAUGCUUCAUUUUACAACCAUUUUUACAUUUUUACCCCUACUCUAUAUACCUUAAAUAAGUGCAUACUUUUGAUUUUCCUAUAAGAAUCCUCUACCCCUUUUGAAACUGAUUUGAAUACAGAAUAUUUUUCUAGAAAUUAUGAUAUACAUCACACUAAUAUCAGAUUUAGUAUUUAUGAGUUUACAGGUUAAAAUUUAGACUAGAGUAGGGAAGGAUAAUAAAUUACCUAUUUAUGACCCUCUAUAAGAAAAAUAUUUAUAUUUUCUUUAUUAACUAAUUCAUUAAAGUAAUUUUUAGAUUUGAAGUGUAGCUGAGAAGGUAUUGUUUUUACAAUGAAGUGUUUAUAUUUAUUUUCUAAUUAAACUAAAAUAGCAAAUAGUAAAACAGUAAACACUAUAAUAUUAAUAUAGAAUUGAAAAUAAUAGUAUAAUGUUAGGAAUAUAUUAAAUAAAUGAUAUAAGUUACAAACAAAGUUAAUAGAUUUCAGUUAAAAUCAAUUUAGUACUUAAUGAAUAUUGAAUUAUAAAUCUCAUUGAAAUAAAAUGGCAUACAUAAAAGGGUAGGACACUGUUGUAGAUGAGAAGUUGGGAAGGUGAGAUAUAGAGAGGAAUUUAAUGUACACAACGAUUUUAAGUGAAAUUCAAUUAGGUAUCAAAAUUUGAUAUUAAAAUUCUAUAUUACACUCAAUUUUAUUUUUUUACCACUAAGUAUAGUUUCUAAUGAACCUGUAAAAUGUUCAUACAUUUUUGUUUGGACUAAGAAUUUUAUGCACAGAGUACCUACUGAACAAAUAUUACAUAAAAAAAACUUGCAAAAUUAAAAUGUCUUUAAAUAGUGCAAAAAUGGCUGAAAUGCUUUGAAAAUUGUAUUAUGUCUAGAAAAAGUAAAUAUAACUCGUUUGUCUAAAUUUGAAGUCUCUAAGGAUAUUUUUAACUGAAUCAUAACAAAAAAUAAAAUUGAAAAUAAUAAAUUGCAUACCUUUUUUCAGGUUUUUCUACAGUUUUGUUAAUUAUUAAGAAAACCCCUAAGAAAAUCUAAAUAGUAGAUAACAUUUCCUUUCAGAAAAGGUACUGUAGUCACUUGAUACAUUAUAACAAGAUUUUUUUGUAUAAAAAUUGUUUACAAAUAAAAAAAAUAAACAUCAUUGUAAAACCAAUACAUUCCUCACCUUUGCUCAGAAUCUAAAAUGUAUACAUAAUAUAUUAGUCAGUAUAUAUAGUUUUAUACGCUUAAAAUAAUUUAUUUUAUUAAUAAUAUAAGCUUUUUAUAUUAUACAGUAAAAACUAUUUAUAAUGACAUUCAAGAAACCACUAAAAAUUGGUUAUUAUAACUAAAAUGUUCAAAAAAAUUAAAAAUAUAACAUUUACACCAAGUUACACCAAACUUGUCCUUAUCUAUUAAUAAAUACAAUGUUAAUUAUUAAUAUAAUGAUACUAAUGGUUAUUAAUUAAAUUUUCAAGUGUUGCUCAAUUAUUGUUUUAUAUUCAGAUUAUUACCAAAAUACUAGUUAUCAAACCAACAUUUAAAUUCAUAAUCAUCAAAAUUGUUUAAUACCCAUUGAUUAUACCCAUCACGAAUCACUCUAGGUCUAGUCAAAUCUAAGUCCUUAAAUAUGUCUAAAAUGAUUUCUUUAUCAAAUGUAUCUAUGUAUAAAAAACAAGAACUUAUCACCACAAUAAUGCAAAACAUGAUAAAAAAAUUUAAAUAUUUUUAAUGGGCUUGUAAUUUAAUUAUUAGUAUGUACAUUUUUAUCAACAAAUACAAUUUAAAACAUGAUUUAUGCAAUUGAAUUCAUUCUACCUCUAGAUAAACAAAUUUAUCUCUGUGUAAAUAUUUAGUGACCUUAGGCAUUAGUGUCAAAAAAAAAUCUAUUAUAUUUGUUUACAACAUCACAAAAUUAUAUAAAAUCUUCAAUAAAUAUAAAACAGACAUUGAUGGCAUUAAAAUUGAUAAAAAUUAAUACAUGCUUCAAUUUAAGGUCACUAAAACCUGAGUUAUAAACAGUUUCUACUGUAUAAUACACUAGUAUGUCUUUUUCAUUUCACUAAAAGAUAUUAAUAACAUUAUCUACUGUUAAAUGUCAACAAAACUGAGUAAAUAUUACUGGGCACAUAUACACAAAGGGUGAGACAAAGGCUGUUAUAUAGUACCUAUCCUAAGUACCUGCAAUUUGCAUACAACUAUAGUUAUAGCUAAAUAUAGGAAUAUAAAUAAAUUUCUUUCAAUUAUUCAAUUUAGAAUUAUUGGCCUGUACACAAUUAUAGUAGUAUAUUUCGGAUAUAAACUAGCAUUUGACAUAUUCCGGUCUUUCAAAUUCAAAUUGGGUUUUACAGAAACUCCAUAUCCAGAUAGGUUAUUACAAGUAAGUAUAAAAGUGAUGUUUACAUAUUUUACAAUCUGUAAUAUAGAAUUUGAUAUUUUCAGCUUUGCUAUGAAAUCUAUUUAGUGAGAUCCUUUGCAGAAUAUGAAAUGGAAGAAGAUUUAUAUGGAAUGUUGAUAUUUUUGUUUCGAUCACCAGAAAUUUUGAUCCGGUUCACUAAAAGACCAAAUGAAAUUUAA